AGUGGUGUUAUCGGUCUGAACGAGAAAUGUGUUUCUCACUGAAAGCACCUCAAAGGGAUUUUAGACCCAAUAAAACGGCUUUCAAUUCAAGAAAGUUUAUGUGGUAUCUUUGUUCCUCUAGACUCCAAAAUCCCCCUGUGGAGGUUUCUCCACAGACGGCUCCCCAACCCAAUUUUGAGGCAUCAGUAGCUAGAGUGAGGUCAGGGUUGCCAUGGUGAAUGGGUUUAGAUGUAGUUAGGACAUUAUCUAUCCACCAUGCCAAUUCGGUCUUAGACUGGGCAGACAAGGUCAUAGUGCUGUCAAAGUUCCCUUUGUUGGCACGGAGUGCACAAAUUUUGUCAAGCUCCAAAUGCCUAUAGUGCAUUUCAGCAAAUUCCACAGCAGGAAAGCGAGAAACAAGGAAGCCUAUGACCUGUGCGACACUGCGUAUAGUAGCUGUUUUUUGGAGCAGCAAGUUUUGACAAGCAGAUCUGACCUUCAUGGCUUUGGCAUCUGUGAGGUUUACUGUCAUAGUGCUACUGUCCAGUACAAAACCCAAAAAAUCUAUUUUUUGCUGGGGUUGGAGCACAGACUUCACCGGGUGGAUAGUGAAGCCAAGGAAAACCCUGAAAUCAACAAUCAGAGGGAAGAUGGCGUUUGUGACAAAACAGACCUCAAGUAUUGUCCACGUUGCAAUUAAUUUGAUCAGCUUCCUUGUUAUUUGCACCAGAGCAGAUGUAACAAGUGAGUGUGCCAACGUCGCUACGUGUAUUGGAACCUAUGCUGACAUUUACAAUUCCUUAGCAUCAGAUGAGAGCAGUUUCAACAUCGAAUCCGCCUUAUAUCCGGCCAAUGAGCCUUCCUCAGUUCUUGUCUUCGUCAACCUAUGUGGUCAGAAUGGAUCAGAUAAAGCUUGCGACAAUUCCACGCCUGGUGUAAAGAAGUACACAUGGAGUUUAAGAAGCCUGUAUGCCGCUUUUCCUCCACUUUUCCUUGAGAUCUCAUCUCUCUUCUCGAUACUGGUGACUCCACGGACGAAACAUCUAAACAUUACAAUUCCACCCUUUUGCUGCAAUGUUUCAGAAGAAGACAGGGAAAAAAUGAUUAAAAAUGUACUGGCUUCGCUUCAAGACCUCGCUGUUCUUCCAGGCUUGCGAGAUCCACGGUUGAAUUUUGCAGAAUCUGUCAUAGAAGGGCAUAUCCUAGACAUGAAGGCUUCAGGACGUUCUUAUACAAGGGUAGUUUUGUGGUUUUCUCUCCUGUGUCCCUUGAUGUUUGGUCCAUUUUUAUAUUUUUGGGUCUUACAAUGCAUGAAAGAUGACACUCAAAGUAAAUCACUCUUAGAUAGCGAUGAAAAUCGUUGUAGGAUAGAUUAUAUUUGUUGUAAAAAGGAAAAACCACUAAUACGUUCAGUCACUGUAUUUUGUUCUUUUCUGUUGCUGAUAGAGGUUAUAUUUGUCUUAGUUUGCGAGCGAACAUCCAUCGAGAUUUCAAAAAGAGGAAAUAUGUCGCGAGACUUUAUUGUGCUCGUUGUGUUUAUACCAGAAUGGUUAAUAAUAUGCUCCUCUAAUUGCCUUUGUUUCAAAGAUUUGGAUAUUAGUUCAUUUUGUAGCAGAUUAAUGCUCAUCGUGUGCACAAGCCUGGUUAGUUACCAUUUGAGCUGGGUUGCAAUAGGUAUCAUGAUUAAUCCAGCUUGGGGCGUGUCUAUUUUGUUGGGAUUCUCCUUUUUUUUCAUUACCUUAUUUUUCGUUAUCAGUGAAAUAGCCCACGCAAGUUACUCCUGCCUUUCCACCUUUUCCGCAUUUACACCUGGCUUCCUCGGUCUCUGCUUUAUUUUCGUUCCUCCAGUAUUAGUUGGACAGUCAUUUUAUGGUCGGGAAACUGCAGAUGAUAUUCUUAAAACAGCGUUUUUGUCUGUUAUCGGUGCUGUGUCGUGGCUGUCCUUCAAAUCUCGCAAAGUUUCCUCUAAUAGUUCACAGUGCAUUGAAGCUGCGAAUAAGGCAGCAGAUGCAGCGAAGGAACUGGCCGCAAAAAUAACCGAACUUCAGCCUGAUGGGACUGGAAUUCAUUCUGCAAUUGUGGCAGCAACUACAGCUGCAUGCAACUCAGCUAGUGCAGCUGCGGCCGCGGCUACCGCGGUGGCUGCUGCAUUGGCUGAGACUGGUAGGAACGAAAACACCACCCCCAAUGGAAAUGAACUAGGCGAGGAAGGACUUCCCCUUCGAAGCAAUAGAAGACCAAGUCCCCAAUAACUGAUUCGAUGUUGGUCUGCCUCCCUGUUUCCUCUUCUUUGCUCCUGCCUUUCGUGCAUGCUCUCGAAAAGUGUUCUUUCUCACCCCAAGCCUAGGUUUUAAUGGUGAGGGCCUAAUAGUUUAUGUAAGAGUACUAAGCGUUUGCUCUUAAAAAUACUCUGCCUUAUAUUUAGGAUAGAUAAUGAUAUUACGCUAGUUUUAGCUAGACUGCGUGGCGAGUCGCUCCUUGGGGCUUAUGUGUCCUUAUUCUUCUUUGACUUUAGUUUGCUAGCUCCUAGAGAGUGUUAGUUCUUGUUUCUUAGUUUAUGAUAUUAUAUCGAUUUCCUGUGAUGUAUUAGGUAGACACCCCGUAGAUUUUAAUUGGACUUCAUAGAAAUAAAAGAA